UUCAACAUGAAGUCGUCCGCGCCCAUGUUCCUGCAGAAGCUGUUCGACAUGCUACAUGCGAUGCCGUCCUUCCUAGGCGGAUGGUGCCACGGCGGGAGUGCGUUCGAGAUCUCCGCGCCGCUCGAGUUUGCCCGGUUGGUCCUGCCCCAGUACUUCAAGCACAGCAAGUACACGAGCUUUGUCCGACAGCUCAACUUCUACGGGUUUGUCAAAGGCGCCAAGGUCUCGGACGUGGCCACCAGUGUGGUCUUCCAACACGUCCACUUCGUCCAGCACAAGCCCCACCUCAUGCGCCGCAUCAAGCGGAAGACCAACCAUUCGAAUGAAGCGUUCAAUCAUGACGCUGUCGAAGCGGUCGACGAGUUACGAAGGGAUGUGGAGGAGAUCAAGGCGACUCUCAGCGGCCUCGACGCGCAACUCAAGCAACUGCAAGAGGUCGUCAAGGUCACCAUGACCCUCCUCGAGCCGUUCCAGUUCAAGCCGCCGCCGCCACUGCACCAGGAACUGCUCGAAGAAGCGAUAGCGUAUUACAUGCCUGCCCAUAGUGAAGACGACGACUGGAGUAGGAGUAGCAGUCAUCAUCGGAUAAUGCACCAAGAGUAUGGGCGUCUGUUUGUCUAGUAGCAACGCGCUCGACGUUGAUCUCGCGCUUACUUCAAUCGCUUGGAGCGGCGGCGGACGUGCGAGCAAGGACGCUUGCCGUGGUUGGCCUAAGAUCGAUGAUGGACGGGUGAAGUAGGGUCGGUGGAAGUCGCGCAUCAUGCAUGAACAUGUGUACCUUCUUGGGCUUGCGGGAGUUUCUACCUAGCAGUUGCAUGCCAAUGAUGGGUUCAGACGACAAGCGGAGGUUCUCCAACACGGCAUCCAGGGCAUCAUCCGCUUGGAAGAGAAUGGGCGGGCGGACCGGCGCUUGUUGCGCGGGGAAGCCGCGGGAUGCAACCUCGAAGGACGAGAAGGCAGCUAAGAGACUGUCAUGAUCUUCGUGCCAGUCACAUGGACUCCUUACCUGCGCUGGGCAUCUUCAGAGCCGGCGCGGCAACAGCGCUGCGGGCGACGCGCAACAGAGCUUGCAUGAUGUAAACUGCUUUUACUGGUUAUCAGGCAACUGGAUCGAAUACAAACCAGGAAUUUUAAUCUGUAUACUAUCCUCAAGAUAAUCACGGAAUUUCAAUAAAAAGCUUCGACGUAUUGUGUUCCAA